AUGGCGGGCUAUGUGCAGGCAAAUCUGAUCUGGAUCACUUACGCGGUCGCUAUAGCUCUGGCUGUAGUGGCCGCAAUGAUCACGACAUUUACCUACCAGACCCCCAGGGAUCGAUCCGCAGUCGUCAGCAUCGUGUCCAUCGUCAGCUUGACUGCGCUCCUGGCCACAGUCUUCCUUCUUCCUGUCGACAUAGCCCUUGUCUCGUCGACCACCUCGGCCACCCUCGGCGCCAAGAAGGACUGGGCGACACCUGAGCGCGUCAACAACAUCCUGCUCACUCUCAAGAUUGUCUACUAUUCACUCUACAGCUUCGACGCGAUCCUGUGCCUCCUUGUCAUCCCCUUUACAUACUUCUGGUACGAGGAAUACGACGAGGUCGAGGAGGAGGAGGGCACUAGGAGCACCAGCAGCCGACUCUGGAGCGCAACCAAAUACACCAUCAUCUUCCUGGUGCUGGUCAUCAUCCUGUUCCUCGUCGGCUUCUUUGUGCCCCGCGCCAGUGGCGAUAAAGGCAGACAUCUGGACCUCGACUACUUCAAGAAGCUUCUUUCGGAGAACAACGGCGAGAAGGCACUGACGUUUGCGGUGGGGCUCCUCGUCACCCUGGGCACCCUUCUCUACGUCUUGUAUACCGGCGCCGGCCUUGCGCUGCUUCCCGUGUCUUUUAUCAAGUCUGCUCCUUCGAUCUCAGCACCGCAACUCUCAGAGACGACGGCUUCGGCGCUGGAGCAGAACCGCGAAAGGCAGCGCCAACUCGAGCUACGGAACAACGGCCGACCCGAUGGCAUGGCGCCCAAGGACCGGCGCGAGCUGGAGCAGCUCAGGCGCGAGGAGCGCACGCUUGUCAGGCGGGAGCGUCUGGCCGCCGAGGCCCGUGGCGAGGGACACAGCUGGGUCUUCAAGGCCUGGACCAAGAUAUGUGCCGUUCUGAGACCCAUCAAGCUCCUCGGCGGCAUUCUGCUCCUGCUGGUGGCCGUCCUGAUUUGGGUGUCCAUGCUCAUCACGGGCAUCGACAAGGCGGCCAACUCGAUUUGCAAGCAGCACUGCGGCUACAUCCUCGGCCACAUCAACGUCUUCCAGCCCAUCAACUGGAUCUUCGUCAAGGCCGCCAAGGCGUUCCCCGUCGACUACGUCCUCAUCGCCCUGCUCAUCCUGUUCUUCUUCAGCAGCUCCAUCUCGGGCAUCGCCGCCAUCGGCAUCCGCUUCCUGUGGGUGCGCAUCUUCCAGAUCCGCAAGGGGCGUACCGCACCCCAGGCGCUUCUGAUCGCCACCGUCAUGCUGGCCCUGAUCAUCCUUGCUAUCAACUACGCCAUCACCAUGCUGGUGGCCCCGCAGUACGCCAUCUACGGCACGCAGACCUUCUGCGUGAACCCCCCGCGGCACCCCGGCGAGCAGCCUGACUGCACGGGCCACCUAGACCUCGUGCGCCCGUGCUCCGAGGUGCUCGAGGAGGCGGCUGCCAAGGACGUGUGCACCCCCUCCGUCAUGUCGACCUUCCUCAACCGCGUCACGCUCAACUGGCCCGUCUUCGGCGCCGUCGACUUUUGGGCGCAGUUCGCCUUCCUCGGCGUGUUCCUCGUCGUCUUCCUGACGGCGCUCUUCCGCACGCCGAAACUGGACCUGAGCCAGAUCGAUGAGGAGGCCGAGGCGGACGAGGAGGAGAGCCUGCUCGGGGCGACGACCAGGCGCUUCGGAGCGACGUGGCAGGAUAUUCGGGGGAGAGGCGACCAACAGGAAUAA